AUGUCUGAUUUGAUGGAUGCAGAAACGCCAAGUACCGUGGACUAUAACAAGCCUGGUUGCGUCAAAGGCAGUGGUCGCGAGUAUUGGGACGAUGAAUAUUAUGAUUUAGGACCUUCAGAUGAAGAAACAGAUAGUGCCAGUGGCACGAAAUCAACCAUUGGAGUCAACAGCUCCAGGGAUUUUUCCUCCAGCCUCAUCAGCCCAGGAUAUUACUUUGAUCCAAGCGAUAACAGCACUUGGACUAUUUGUGAUUACCCGUUCUGCAACGCAUUUUGGAAUGCUCACGAUAAGAUCAAGGCAGCUUCGCGCAAUGGCCCAUUCAUAAGAUUAAACAUAGGAAGACGUCUAUCGGUUUUGAACAUCGAGUAUUUGCGGAGGAUGAGUACCACAAGGAGCGCCUUAGAUGUUACUGUGAAUAGCAAAAAGGAAUCAGCCGACAUCGCUUUGGAGGAAGAACAUGCCAAGACAUUGGUAAAACCAAAAAUUCUUGGAGGAAAAACAAACGCUAAUCGGCACCUGGACUCAUCAGAUUACAGAACUGUGGAUUAUACCUUAGAUUCCGAAUACUAUGAUGACGAAAGCGCUGCAGUUGUCGUCCUAUCAAAGAUUUACAUUUCAUUGUAUUGUCUUAUUUUGCAAGUAAAUUUUGCACAUUGA